AUGAGCUCUAAGGCCUCUGGAUUCGAUGGAGCUUCGCUCUACUCGCCAAAUCAGUCAACGGUGAUAACCACAGAUCCAGCUAACACCACCCGUCAGACUCCUUCAACGGACAACUCGUACCGUCCAGGCGGACCUUCGGGACUCGCAAUCACUGCCAAUCGACAGGAGCCCCUUCCCUUGAGCGUCGUUAAUGAUAUGCGCACUGGGCUCAAUGGCGCGCAGUCUCGAUUGCAGAGCUUGAGCCAGGCCGUUGGCCGCCAGCCUGGCAUGCCGCCAGGUAUCCCAGCUCUGGUGAACAAUGACCUACGAGGCAUUGGACAUCAACUGAUCACCAUCAGUCACCUGUGCAACACGUUGCAGAACAAACUCGAGGAACAAGACCAGGCACACUUCAACGACCAACUUGCGCAGCGAGCCGCGUAUGAGUCUUCUCUGAAUGCAAUUCAUGGUCAACUAAUCAAGGCCAAUGGCACAAUUGAUGAUCUCACUGAGCAGCUUCAACAGUCGAAGAAGCUCCUCGCUAAGCACGAGAAGAACCCCAAGGGUGGUGACCUGGAGAUCAAGGCACAGAAGUUGACAGAGAAGGUCACCAAUCAGAAGCGUCGUAUCAAUGAGCAGCAGGCGCAGAUUGAGACCCUAAAGAGGAAGUUGAGCAACGGCAGCAAGCUCAGCAAGCUGGCCAUUACUGACAAGAGGGACGACAAAACGUCUCCCAAGUUGGCACUCCCUCACUCCGCUACUUCUGAGCUCAAAUACCCGCGCCGUAGGAGUCCUCCCGUCCCGCAGCCGAACAUGUCCUCAUCCAUCAGCCAUGAGGACCAGGAGUUUCUCGUCAGUCACCUCAAGAACAUGAACAUGGAUAGUGGUCACGGAUUCCCUCCGCAUCAUGGACCCACACGAAUGCAGAGGGAUAACCACUUCGGAUACCGACCUGCUCCUGUUGCUCCCUCGUUCGGCCACUUUGGCCAUCAGAUGACGGCUGCUGUCGGUCCCACCAACCCCAUGAGUGGUGCUAUGGGCUCCCACGGUGCCUACCCCCCUCCUGCGACGUACGGUCAUUAUGCUGGCAAUCCAAUUCACGGACCACCCGUGUCACACCACACCUACGGCAUGCCUAGCUUACAGCCUUCUGCUUCUCUCCCUGAGGCCCGAGGUGGCCCGUCUGGUUACAACAACUACUAUAAUCAUAGCAAUGCUCUUGUCCUCCGACGAAAUGACGACCGUGAGUCCGACCCCCAGGUGGCACAGUGGAAAGUGUUAUUCAAGAGACUAUUCGACACCGUGACGGGCUGGCCAGUGGAAAAUGGCAGAGUAUUCCUACCCGGCGUUGUUGAGGAGGCUACCAGGAACAAUCCCGAUCUAUGGGAGUACAUCCUAAGUGCCGCCAGGUGCCACAAGGACCGGCAGGGCGCCGCCAACCACGCGCUCUUCAUGUUGAGAUCGCCCGUCUUCCGUGCGCCAUUCAUCACCCGCUUGUUCCUCCAGUACAUCCAACAGGAGAUCCUGCGUCCUAGGUCCUGGCUGGGUUUUGACGAGGAGUCGGACUCACUCUUGAAGAACUCAAUUCUUCCUGUCCUGGAGAGUUCUGACGGCCCGUUUGACCAGCGCCGCACCGCACACCAGCAACUGCGGGGCGUGGUCGACGGAAUUGUCAACCACGACAAGUACGAGGAAUUCCGCGGCUUCCGGAUGGCCGAGCACGCCCGGGCCUUGACGAGCAUUGCGGGUCCUUUCUUGCGGGAUGAGGCUGAGUCCCGAGACGCCAUCUUGGGCCUACACUCCAUCGCCAAGCUCGCAAUGGAGUGCAGCGCCAAGAUGAUGUCGAGCUGCAAGUCAUUCACAUUCAUCUGGGACCUGUGCGGCGUCAAGUUCUCCCACGACUCCCACGUCGCGCUCAACGAGAACCUCCACGGCAUCGCUAUACAGCAGAAGCACAUGCGCGUCGCGCUCGUCGUCACGCCCAACGUCAGCUUCCGCAACGACAACGGCACCAGCAUCGUGGCCCGCAGCAUCUGCAAGGCCAAUGUCUUCACCAUGCAUUGA